AUGCGAUCCAGCGCCAUUCAGAUCCGCGUCAAGGCCACCACGGCGAUGGGCUCCUCCGCGUUUUCGCAGCCCCUGCUGGUGACGCAGACGGACGUUCCUUCCACCGUUCCGCAGCCCGUGAGCGCGGAGAGCGUGCAGUUCCUGCAGCUGGCGGCCGACGCCAUGCAGCUGACCUGGGAGCCCGCCGCGUCGCGCGAAGCGAUCACCGGGUAUGAGGUGGCGACGGGAUCCACUCUCCUGACCGUGACGGAGCCCUCGGCGGUGCUGCGCGGCCUGGAGGACGGCCCCGUGCUGGUGAACAUCACCGCCAUGAACACGGUGGGGAAGAGCGAGCCCACUGCCAUCACCUUCGACUUCUCCUCGAGCAUCUCCGCCUCCGUGGAGUCCGUGGUCCCCGGCGCCUCCUACGCGGUGGCCACGUUCUCGGUGAGCUUCGUGGACUCCGCCGUGGAGUGCGCGAUCAACGCGGGCCGCCUGGUGCACGGCUACGCCGUGGCGGACGCGGAGCGCCGCGCCGUCGUGGUGUUCACCGGACUGAUCUCGUCCUUCCACUACUCCGGACUCUGCUGGGCGUACUCGCUGUCCUCGCCCGCGGUCAGCCAGUCCGUGCCGCUCUCCUUCACCACCCAGUCCAUCGCCGACUCCGCCUCCCUCACCGUGAGCGACUUCGUCGUCACGUCGCUGGGCGCCGCCAGCGUCAGCGUGGAUGUGGACGUCCCUGCCGACGUGUUCUGCGCGCUGGCCGGCGCGUCCGAGCAGCUGCUGCACGGCGACGUGCUGGCGAGCGGGCUGAAGGCCGAGCUGCGUCUGGACGGCGCGAAGACGCUCUCCUUCACGCAGAUCCCCGCGGAGGCCUCGGUGCGUCUGUUCUGCACGGCGCAGGACACGCUGGGCCGCCGCCUGGGCGAGCUGUUCGUGUCCCCCGCGGUGGUGGUGCCGAACCGCGUCGCGGAGCUGACCUACACGCAGUCGAGCGUGGCGAACGGCGCUGUGGACGUGUCGCUGCGCCCCUCGCUGGAGUUCACGUUCGACCGCGCGGUGAAGCUGAACCCUGACGCGGCGUUCGUGCUGGAGGACAUGACCACCGGCGCGUUCUUCAACCUCACCGCCUCGACGGAGUCCGCCCGGCUGCUCCUCGCGCUCCCCGCCGCCGCCGCGCUGGAGCAGGCCUCCAAGUACACGCUCUACUCGACCGACCGCCCCGUGAGCUCGCUGGACGCCGCCGCCGUGGCUGCGCGCUUCGUGUACGGCGCCUUCACCUUCACGACCACGGCCUCCACGCAGCUGCCCACACUGCUCACCACGCCCGCCGACCUCCUUGACCUCGACCCCGCCGCCCCGCUCUCCCUCGUCUUCGACCAGCCCGUCUUCGUCCUCUCCGCGCUCUCCGCCUCGCUGGCCUCCGCCUCGGACGCCUGGACGGCCUCGCUGCCCGCCUCGCAGAUCCGCACGGACGGCGCGACGGUGGAGCUGGAGCCCUUCGGCCUGCCCGCCAGCGCGGAGCUGACGCUGACGCUGCCCGCCUGCCUGCUCAUGGACGCCGCGGGCCACUGCCUGCCCGAGCUGCGCGUGACGCUGACGACGACGGCGGACGCCACGCGGCCGCUGGUGCUGGAGACGGAGCCGCGUGAGGGCCAGAGCAACGUGCCGAGCGACCUCCCGCUGGUGCUGCGCUUCGACGAGCCCGUGCGGCUCUUCGCCGUGGACAACCUCGUGCUGCGGACCAAUGGCCAGAGAGUGCCGCUGGACGCGCUGAGCGUGGCCGUGGAGGGAAGGGAGGUGCGGAUCCUGCCGGUGCGCGGGUUUAACCGCGGAAACGAGAACCUGCCGUUCGUGGAGGUGCAGCUGGAGGUGGGCGAGGACGCGUUCCGCGACGAGGCUGGAAACAGCAACGAGGCGAUGACUCUGCGGUUUACGGCCGCGGCGCAGCGGUGUGGAAGCAGCUAUCUGUCCGGCUUCAUGGAAGAUGGGUGCAAGUGCUAUUCGGAAGGUUCGAAGUGCUACUGCGACUGUGGACCUGUGGAUCUCUUUGAAUUGUAA